GGCAUUAAAAGUUGAAUGUGGUAAAGAAACAAUUCGGCACCUUACCACCCUUUAUAUAAUAUUUUUCAAGCACAUAUUCUUCUCUUGUCUGAGUAUGUCUGCUAUGAGAGCCUCAUGUCUCCUCUCCCUGAAACUAAUUAUUGCGUGUCAUAUCACAAUUUCAUGCAUAUGCAUGCAUAGAAUAGGGUGUAGAAGCAUAGUUCCCCAUUUGCGAACGCUAUCGUGCUCCCGUGCCACAUGGCCCCAUCCUGCGCCUAGUAUCAUCAACAGUGGAUGCAAUCGCUCGAAUAGGGUCCAGCCUACCGCCCAUGCGGCGGUUAUGCGUGUCAAUUACUAGUUUCGUUCCAUUAAACGGAAAUAAAUGACUCUUCUGCGACAAAGGGGGUAGGCAAAAAUAGUUCGACAAUCGGCGCAUAGUCUGAUCGGAUGCAGUGGAUCGCAGUGUAUCUGCGUAGAA